CAUAGAUCCACAGAGAGCGAGAGAGAGAAAGAAAGGGGGUGGGGGGAGAAUGGGGAGGAAGCCAUGCUGUAUAAAAGAGGGGCUCAAUAGAGGGGCAUGGACUGCUUCUGAAGACGAGAUCCUUGUGUCAUACAUCAAGGCUCAUGGAGAAGGCAAUUGGAGGAACCUCCCCAUAAGAGCUGGUUUGAAGCGCUGCGGGAAGAGUUGCCGCCUCCGGUGGCUCAACUAUCUGAGGCCUAACAUUAAGCGGGGGAACAUAUCGGAGGAGGAGGAAAAGCUCAUCAUCAUACUCCAUAAGCUCCUUGGUAACAGAUGGUCUCUAAUUGCAGGAAGACUGCCAGGGCGAACUGAUAAUGAAAUCAAGAACUACUGGAACACAACACUACGCAAGAAGGUGCAUGGCCAGCCAACUCAAAAAUCCGAGCAAACCAAUUCCAUGCCUGAGGCACCAUUAACGAACCCAAAUGCCACAACCAGUGAACCUGUGGUGCGAACCAAGGCCAGGAGGUGCACCAAGGCCUUCUUUCUUCAUGACCAAUGCUUGCCAUCUCCUCCCAACAACCAACAACCUCUUGAACUGGCAACCAAGGAGUCUAAAAGUUCCGUUGAUACUCCUCAGAGCUAUGACUCUCUUAACGAUCAUUUGAACGAUGGUUUCUUCCAUGCUAUAGGUGAGGGAAAUCAGAGUGGUGGAAGCACAAUGCAAGAAGGAGAUAACAUCAGCUGGACCAUGUCUUUCGAUGAUGCACACUUGUUCGAUGGAUCAACACUAAUGGAUUGGACAGGGAUGGAUUGCUUUGAGCCCAACUUCAUCACAUCUCACCUCAUGUCUUCAGAUCCUUUUCUUGAUUCAGAAGAGGAAUGGUUUCAAUGGACCUAGAGAGAGAGAGAGAAGGGGGUGGGAGCUUCUGUGUUAGAAAGGUCAGUGCAAGGGGUCUAAUAAGCUAUCAAAUUUUGUUUCUGACCAUACAAAUAAAAUCUUUUAUGGAGA